CCAGCCUCUGAUUGGCCGAGGCGAGUCACGUGACCAUUUCCCAAGCGGAGUUUCCACGACAGCUGGAAGCCGAGCGGCACAGGCGCAUCGCUUCUUUUGCUAAAAUUGUUGGAAAUAACAAGACUUCUGCUCGUCUCAGCACCUCCAGAGAAACCCUGGUCUGGCAUGGGCGACAAGAGGAGUCCCACAAGGCCGAAGCGUCAACCGAAGCCCUCCUCCGACGAGGGGUUUUGGGACUGCAGCGUGUGCACGUACAAGAACACGGCCGAGGCUUUCAAGUGCAUGAUGUGUGAUGUGAGGAAGGGGACAUCAACAAGGAAGCCUCGUCCCGUCUCCCAGCUCGUCUCGCAGCAGCAGGUAACGCAGCAGUUUGUGUUGCCCUCGCAGCCCAAAAAGGAAAAAAAGGAGAGGGUAGAGAGGGAGAAGAGCGACAGAGAGCCUGCGCUCAAGAAAAACAGUCACAAGAAGAUGAGGCCGAGAUUAAAAAACAUCGACCGUAGCAGCGCCCAGCACCUGGAGGUGACAGUUGGGGACUUGACGGUCAUCAUAACGGACUUUAAGGAGAAGGCCAAGCCCACGUCCACCUCGGCCACGUCCUCCAGCGCAGCAUCGUCGUUGGUCGACCACCACAGCCAGAAUGGCUCCAGCUCAGAAAACACAGAGAAGGGGCUUUCCCGCUCCUCCUCACCACGGGGAGAGGGGAGCUCAGUCAACGGAGAGUCCCACUGAGUCACGCCCCCAUCCACCUCCAGCCACAUCUCAUCUGCAAGUCCACAGGUCACUGGAGGGGAACCCUACUUCUACUUUAGAGCUGCACAAAAACAGUUUUUUGCUUACUUUCCUCUGGAAUUGUGACCUAUUUAUCAAAGAACGAGAUGCCAAGCCUUCAGAUUUGGCAUGUUUAAUCAUUUGAAAUAUUCUCCUCAGCACUGGAAUUCUGCAUUUAGAAAGCAAUAUGAAUUAACUUUUACUCCAUCUUGGAAGUUGCUGUCAUCUACAUUACAAAUAAAUGUUUGGACAGUGUGCUGAACGCUAUCAGUUUUUUAAAAUCCUCUAUGGUUUCCUUCAGAUGCACCUACCUAUCAAGAUUUUUCUGUCUUCGAUAUUUUUAUUAAGCGAAAUGUGCAGCCCCACCCUUGGUAUCAUCUUGAGUGGCCGGCAGAGUGACCUCUUCUUCCUCCAUGUGGAAUUCUCAGCCACUAUCUGGAUUCUUUACCUACAUGUUAUAAACCUGAAUAAUCUAGUACACGGUUUCUCGGUGUCCUUACACUGAACCUUCAAUCUGACAGUGAACCUUUGCUCCUGAUCUCCUGAUACUCCAAGCUUUUACUUCUGGACUGCCUCUGCUGAAGAGUGACUUUUUUGACACAGCAUAGUGGCUAUACUUGUUCUGUCACCAUUUGGUGAUUUCCAUAAUGUUUGGAGCAGGUUGUCUAGUUCAGGUAUGCUUAAUUAUGUCCGUACAAUGGCACUUGGAAGAAAAGUACAGCAUGUAAUUUUAAAAGGUUGAUACUGGUGUUAUUUUUUUUUUUUCAAGUUUGUGCCACAGUCAGCUAAGUUGGACUUAAGUUAUUUAUCUAUCUUGGCUGCCAUUCAUUUUGUUCACUAUAUAACCACAAUCAUAAACCUGCAUUAAGUGAUAUUUUUGAUACAAAACAUAAAUCUAAUUACUUUGGGUAAUGUAAAAACCUGAACUUAGAACAUGGAGACUUCUCUGGCUAUAAGCAGUUUUUCGUUUUCUGACCCUCACAGACCAGACCAACCAUAGCUCCUCCACGUUCAGCAAACCAGUUCAGACAAGCUACUGUUACACUGCCUGGCUAACAUGCAACAGCAGAAGCUUGAUAUUGGCUAGUAGCUGGUAGACAAACUAACUAGCUACUAGAAAAGUAGUUCGGACAAGGUAUUGUUAUGCUACCUGGGUAGCAUGAAAAAGCAGGUUUUAAGUUACGUAGUAGCUUGAUAAUAACAGUCUUAACCAGUACUAACUAGCUACUAGCUAAGUGCAGACCAAACCAGAGCUACCACAGUCAGGUGAAUAUUGGAUUGUUGAAAACAACAGAAACAUCCAUCAAUAGUUACACUAAUGUUGGUAUGUGUCUGCUAGGUAUGGAAAAAAAUUGUUAGUAAAUUGCUAUAAAAUUGCCAAUGUAUUAGCUUUAACAGCUAAAAUCGAUAUCUCAGGGCCGUGUUUCAUAAAGUUGAUAUUGUCUUUUCUGCCCUCUAGUUGUCAAAAAAAUAACUUAAUGCAGUUUUAAGAAUUUUCCAAGCUUUUUAACUCAUCACAGUCGGCGUGAAACUUUCUGGACUCUUUCUGUCAAUCAUUGUAAAUACAUGAUGUAGACAAAACUUGACAUUCUUCGCGAUAAUGUUAUACCAUGGUUCCUGUCAAUCGAAAAGAGAUAUCUAGUCAAAUUAGACAACAAUUCUUGUAGCCUUGCAAAUGCACAUUAUAUUUUCACUUUUAUUUUCUUAAAACAAGACCCAAUUUCAAGGUUUAUCUUAGUAAAGUUUGUUUUAGAGACGGAAAAAGGAACGUUGAUUGCAUGUUGAUUGAGCGAUCGUCAACCAACUGUAGAAGAUGACAACGGUGCCGUAGCUGUAAAUGACACCGGUAUUCUCCUUUUAAUCUCUGUUGCACAAACAGGGCAGUACCUACUCGGUGACCAAGUGGAAAACCAGGGGAUCUUCAUACUGCUCUGCUGCCACAAAGGGACCCAGUUUGGAUACAGCAUGGUGCUUGUACAACGGAAAAAGAGUUCUGACUUUUGGACACAUUUAUGAGCUGUACAGGGGAUAUCCUGCAGUGCGAUGGACUUCAGAGACUGUUUUAAUUCCUCCAUUUUGACAAAACAAAGUGGAGGCGCUUUAGAGUAUACUAAACUCCCAGCAGAACAACUAUAGAUCAACCUAACUACACAAUAACUUAUAAAACCUGUAGAAUAACUACACAGAUAAUUGAUAUUUCUAAAAUAUUGUACUACAAUGUCUUGAUGUGGCUGUAUUAUCCAUCAUACCAGUGUUAUUGUCGAGAUUUUUACUUUAACAUUUUAGCACACAUCCUGAGAACUGUCACGGCAUGAUAAUAUUGCGGUCUCGGUAUAUUGUGGGACAGGCUAUGUCUCUUAGUUAGUAUUGUUUAAUGUGUCAGAGAUGUACUCUCAUAGGUUCACUACACUAGCUGGGACUAGGUGUGUGGACUCGUGAGAACUGUUCGGACAGACAUUUGUUAUUUGGUUGUGGCAAAAAUGGAAGACACUUAAAAUGUGUUAGUGUCACUUGUUGAUACUUUACUGUUUGUUUUGCUUUGCCAUGCUCAAUUGUUUUAAAAAUGUGUGAACUUGUUUAUUACAUGUCUGAAUAAGAAAAUAACAAAUUUCAAAACAAAAAUGUCCUUUUCUUAUGCACACAAAUUUUAAUUUUUGUCAGUCUCUUUUACAUACAGAUUCAUGCACGCACACAUUUUUGUAUUUUGAUUUGUUUGUAGCCUUCUAUGCAGAGUAUGUUUUAUUGUGUCUUUUAAGUCCAUCUGUUGAAUGACUCGAUAACUUAUCUUCAACAAUGCAUGCAGUUUCAUUGUUUACUUAACAGAUCAGGCCCAUCAUGCAAAACUCUGCAUACCCACCUUUUCAUUUGAAAACUGUGUUUAGCCACACAAUAUUUAAGGCAAAAAAAAAAAAAAAUCAAAAUGGCAUAAAUAUAUUAGGCAUGCAGCAGUUGAGCAUAAGGUAUGGUUUACAUGCUAAUUAAUUAGCUACUACAUCAGUAAAUAACCUCAUUUUCCCCACACUAAAUGAAAAUGCAAUUGACGUUCAGGUCUGUUUGUCUAAUGCAGCCACCUCAAUAAAGACGACUAGUCACUUAAA